AUGCAUGGCAUACGGGAGGAGUUCCAGCUGCAGGGGGACGCGGCGGUGGAGGCCAUUGUCGGCGCCGCCAAGCUGGGCGCGUUCUUUGGGACGUUCCUUGGGGGUGCCCUGAUGCUGCGCCACGGCCGCCGCGUCGCGAUCGCCGCCCAGGCGGCGUUCUUUGCGGGCGGCCCGAUCCUGAUGGCCGCGGCGCGGGGACCAGGCGCCCUGGUGGCCGGGCGCCUCGUCAUCGGGCUGGGCAUCGGGGCGUCGGCCACGGCGGUACCUGCGUACCUUGCUGAGGUGGCGCCCGCGCGCAGCAGGGGGGCGGUCGUGCAAGUCUACGAGGUCAUGCUGACUGGCGGGAUGCUGGCGGCUGUGCUGGUCGACGCCGCACUGGCAGGCGGCGGCGGCGCCGCUGGCCGCAGCGCUGCCGGCGGCGGCGGCGGCGGCGCGUGGCGCUGGAUGGUGGGGCUGCCUGCUGUUCCGGGCGCCCUCAUGGCGGCGGCGGUGGCGCUGCUGCCGGAGAGCCCGAGGUGGUUAGUCAUGCGGGAUGACUUGGACGGCGCACUGAGGGUGCUGCACUCGAUCACAGCCACAGGCGGCGGCGGCGCCGGGGGCCAGCCAGGAUCCGGGCGGGGCGCUGGCGACGAGGCGGCAGCAGCUGCAGCGGCGGCGGUGGUGGCUGCUGAGGACGAGUUGCUGCUGCUGUGGAGCUCAGUGGAGCGCGACCGGGCGGCGGUGCUGGACCGGCGGCGGCAGCUGCUGGGGGCGGGGCGGCAGCCGCGGGGUCCCAAGGGGAGAGCGGCGCCGGCGCAGGCGCAGGGCUUGGGCGGUGAAGGGGCUGGCGGCGGCGGCGGCGGUGAGGUGGCAGCGGGGGUGGAGGAGGACGGGGAGGAGGAGGCCGGCCGCGCGCGGCUGCUGCCUGGCGGCGGUGGCAACAGCGGAUGGGAAGGCGGAGGCGGCGGCGGCGUCGCCCCUGCGGGAUCGCAGCAAGGCGGUGCGCGGGCGGCGCCACCUAGGGUGGUCGAGCCGCCGACAUUGAUUGCGGCCACCGCGGCAGCCGGCAUCGUCAAUGGUACAGCGGGUGGCGGCGGCUGGAGCAGCGCGCGGGGAGGGGAGGAUGAUGCGGGGUCGUGCGGUGGAGCCGGCGGCGGCGAGCCGGGGCGGGAGCGGACGCUGGCCCACACGCUGUGGUGCAUGCUAAUAGACGUGGCCGCCGUUGCGCGCGGUCCGGAGCGGCGCGCGUUCGCGCUGGCGGCGGGCCUCGCCGUGUUUGACCAGGCAAGCGCGAGCACCGCCAUCAUCAACUACUGCCCCGUAAUCCUCGAGACAAAGCUAGGCGUGCCCCCCGCCCGCGCGACCCUGCUGCCCGCGCUCAUCGCGGUAACAAAAGCUGCCGCCGCCGCCGCCGCGCUGCUGCUCGUCGACCGCCUCGGCCGCCGCCCGCUGCUCAUCGGCGGCGGCGCCGCCGCGGCCGCGGGGCUGCUGGCGGCGGCGGGCGGCGCGGGGGCGGGCAGCGCGGGGGGCUUCCUGGCCGGGGCGUGCCUCUUCAUAUUCGCGUUCAGCCUGUCGUGGGCGGGGCUGUACUGGGUGGUGGUGUCGGAGCUCUUCAGCAUGGUGAGUCACGCAAUUUCAAACGAGUAA